AGCAAAAAGAUAUAAUGGAAAUAGCUAGAACUGUGGUAUUAGCAGGACUUUUAAAAAGAAAUGGCAUAGUUUCUAAAGCGCAAGAAUGGUAACUAUCGAUUGUGUCCCUUAUCGAUGUUUUCCCAGCCCUAGAUUAUACCACUAAUCAGCCGGGAGGCUGCAACCAGCUGCUGCUGAAGAAUGAUUUUUUUAUUCUUCAAAAACAAUUUUGCUGGCUGUGUGAAGAUAUUUUCAUUUUAUCUCAAGGUGAAGACGUCGCCUUAUAAGUUAGUCCACCUUGUGCAAGUCUAAUGUACAUGGCCAAAAAUAUCGUCAACCUGGUCAUCCCUAACACGGAACCGCUCUUUUGUAUCGCCGUUUUUGUUUGCGUUAGUAAAUAUUGCGCCAAAAACGCAUAAAAAUGAGUGCCAAGACUAAGCCAAAAUGCAAGCAGAAAACAUUGCUCUCUAUGCCGGAAGCAGAACAGGAUGAAUCGCCUCAAGAGUUUGAGCAUGAAACGGCUGAUGGUGCGAGGGUCGAAGUGGAGAAAGGGGGAGAGUUCAUCUUUCCCGUGAACUUCUACACCUUUCAAAAGUACGCGGACAUGGAGAAGAUACGAAUUUUCAUGGAACACAAGUCAACAAGCCCGACAACAGAACAACAUCAGUUGCGGGAAUUCUACAAAUCCUUCUACAUGUUUCCAGAAAAGCGAAAGACCACCAAUAUAUUCCGUGGGGCAAUUACAACCUUUAUGCCGAAGUUGUUGGAAGCUGGUCAUCCCAUUGUUGAAUCGGCAGCCAAGAGUUUGGCAGAGCAUAACAAAGAGACUAUCACAGUCGAAGAACCCGCGUUGCAUAGGGAGCCUGAAUCAAGGAACGCUUCCACUCUUUGUACCCCUGACAGCGACUUUUCGAUAGUGACCUUUGAAGAAUUCCAGAAAUAUGUGUUUAACCUCUACGAUAUUGUGUGGCAACUGAAGCUCAACGACCCCCAGUAUAUGUUCAUGGGCUUUGAGGAAUGCGCUCAUGCCUUUUACUUGGCGCUUUAUUUAAGUCCGGAGAUUCGUGAGCGAUGCAAGUACACCCUGAAUCCGUGUACGUCGGCCAUGAGCGCUCGCCUGCUAGCAGUACCGACGCCCGAGCAAGCCGACAAGCUGAGCCAAAAUUUACCAGAGUUGAUUAAACCGUCGCCAGAUCUUGAGCGACCCGAAUUGGUGGAAGAAACGGUUGUAGCACCUGUCAGCUUUCAGUUUUUCAAAAAUUAUAUCGAGAAUCUGGAGGAAAUCAGCGAGAAAAUGCGGACCGAAGACGAGUUUAAGACUUUAUCCAUAGAGAACUGUGCCAGGGAAUACUACAGGCUGUUCUACAUAUCGCCCGAAAUACGUGAGCGGUUCCAGUUCAAUCUAAAGCCAUGUCCCGGAGUGGUACGCAAAAUACUGCUGAGUCUACCGACCAGCUCAUAUUUUGCCGACAGUGUGGAGCGAACCGCUCCGAAUGAGGCAGACCCGCAAAUUCCAAGCGAGCCGAUUGUGGACUCUGACCUGAUGAAGAAAGGCUUCAAGUAUCCCGUGACCUUUGAGGUAUUCAGGCGCCAUAUUAACUACGUUGAAAUUUUCCAGUCCGCGCUGAGACAAACUUAUAGAAUUCCGCCGCUGCUGCCGACGCUGAUGGCCAACCCGCUAGACCCCCGCUGCAUAGAGGUUUUCGAUAAGUUCUAUCGUUGCUUCUACAUAUUUCCCCAUGUUCGGGAAAGAGUCAGCUACCGUUUCGACUGUGCACAACCCGUGAAAUGUUCGAAUAUAACUUCGAUUCAGCAUCGCCAGAGCUUCGUGCCAGGUGUCUGCAGUUUGCUGUAUGCGUAUCAGAGGCGACAGAAGUGCCGUCAGAAGCUGAACCAUCUACUUCGGAGCAAGGUACCCGAGAGUACAACCUCUACUGCAAAGCGGGAGGCUGAAGAACCUUGUGCCACUGAUAGUCCAGGAACCAUAACAUCUGUACCAGCACCCAAAGAAGUGCAGACAACCUCAUCUGAGGUAACAGAAAGCAGCACAGCUGAUGAAGUCAAUCCUGAGGCAUCUGCAGUUGUUACAAGUAACCAGUUUCUUCUCGAACAAAUUGAGCACAAUAUGUUUUAUUUGAUCUAUAAGAGAGAAGGGCUGAUGAAAAAGAUUUGGCGGUAACUCUCCCUGCUCAGCCAAGAGGAGUUCUGUACCUACACAAGCUUCUACAACGGCGAGGCUCUCUAUGAUAACGAGAGCAUGCUGCAGCGAUGUUAUCAGCAGGUUGUGGAGAACGGCCAUUGGCCACUCCAUUUGCACGUGAAGCUGAACCUUUUGCGUCGCCUGCUGCACAAACAGAGUGUGGAAAUGCCCUCGCUAGAGUUGGAUCAGCUGUCGCCAAAGAUGUUGCACUGGAAAGAUCUAAUGCUGCACACAGAUUUCGAUGUAAUUGUUCAGCAGCACUACGAGGAUUGUAAUGGUAGGCAGAUCGAGGAUGUGGAAUUGUUCCACGAACGUGAGAAGUUGUAUGCGAGCUGCUGGACGCUUGAUCAAUGGAUACGCCAAGUACCGCGCAUCACGAAUGCAGCACUAAACGAGGAAAUCUUUGCUGAUGCUACACCCACACCAUGUGUGACAUAUAGAAAUCUAUCUCAAACCACCAGCUUUGUGGACAUGGAGGAAGUGGGUCCGCUUAUGCAGAGCCAGCAGGUCAAGCAGCAGACGAUCAGGUUUCCCGACAAGCUGCGCGGCAGCUGCCUCAACAGCGAGGAGUUCCAGUGGAAGCAAAUCCAGACGGAAGAUCAAGUUAUAAACUUGGCUGCCAGUCAGGAGACACUGUCGAACGUGACCUGUUUUGCCAUUCCCGAAGCGACAGUGAAUCCGGCAUCGAAUGCAGAGACGCUGCUUCAGCUUCCAGAAAGUGGAAACGUUAAUCGUAGUCCAGUAGUAGUACCAGAGACGCAGGAGCAAAUCCAGACGGAAGAUCAAGUUAUAAGCUUUGCUGCCAGUCAGGAGACACUGUCGAACGUGACCUCUUUUGCCAUUCCCGAAGCGACUGUGAAUCCGGCAUCGAAUGCAGAGACGCUGCUUCAGCUUCCAGAAAGUGGAAACGUUAAUCGUUGUCCAGUAGUAGUACCAGAGACGCAGGAGCAAGCAGAGACUGCUACGGGCUACACUCCUCUAGCACCCUCUCAGCGGGACGCUCUAUUGAAUUCUACGAACAUAACAAUACGCAAGGUAAAUGAAGAUGUGACUGUGACAAUUAGUGACAAGAUCAGCGGCAAGGGACCACCGCUCGUGCUGCAGAACUGCGCUAUCUUUUGCAAAUGCCACCACGAUGCGUUGAUCAAGAUGAAUGGAAUGUUGUGCAACGUGCGGGGCCUGAUCGAAACUCUUUUUUCCCACAUGUCGGUCCGACGACGUUCGGAUUUGACGGAAAUCCUCGAUGAUGUGGGUGAAUUCACAUUCAAUUGUCGCGGGAACGUGUGCAAAGAUUCCACACAGGACCUGCGGUUCGCGUGCUUUCCAUGUUUCCAUGUUUCCACGUGCAGCUCGAUUGAUAGGUGUGACCCGGAUAUCGUUCGGCGGCCGCCCAGACGCAAUGUUGGAGCAGUGCUCAAGCCGGGCAUACUCGAGCGUUUGAAGGAAUUGCCGGGGCAACUUCGUUGA